GAUCUUUCGGCCUGGCCAGGCCAAGGAUCGAAGUCCAAAGAGCACAACAUGUUGCCCACCAUUCGGUUGACAAUCACGAAAGUUGGCUUUCUAUUGAUAGUGCAGAAGAUCUUGAUAGAAUCAGAAUAUCAGACUGUGAUACAGCUUGUCUCAAUAUGACGAGCAUGAUGAUGCUUUCCAAUGAGGAACUUUCGUCCGUGUUUUCGGACUUGACUCCCAUUAAACAAGAUGAUGGUCCCAAUCCAGUCUGUGCCAUUGACUAUUCUCCUCAGUUCAUUCAAGCCUACGACUACAUGAGAGCCAUCUUGUCAGCCGGAGAAAAAAGUGAACGGGCGCUGCGAUUGACUGGUUUGUGUUUGAAGUUAAAUCCUGCCAAUUACACCAUUUGGCACUUUCGCCGUCAGUGUUUAUUGGCGACUCAUACCAAUGAAGAAGAGGGCGAAGAUGGUAAUAACAACAUCAACAAUCAGCAAUGGAUACAACAAGAUUUGGAAUUGGCUGCCACACUCGGUGGGGACAAUCCCAAGAAUUAUCAAAUUUGGUAUCAUCGACGAGCUUUGCUUGAAAGUGUCCAAGACCGGACUCCCUACGUUCAGGCCGAAUUGGACUAUGUUGCCAAGGUACUGGAUGAAGAUUCCAAAAAUUACCAUGCCUGGUCACAUCGACAAUGGGUCGUUCGGACAUCUUCAAACUGCCAAGAGGAUUUGUGGGACAAGGAACUUGAAUUUGCCCAUUCCAUGAUUCAAAAAGAUCCACGCAAUAAUUCCGCAUGGAAUCAACGCUGGUUUGUCUGUCACAAGGGUGGAGAAGACAAAACGCUCUCCUUGGAAGUUGCCACCAAAGAAGCGGAUUAUGCCAUUCAAGGAGCUGGACUCGAUCCCUACAAUGAAUCCCCCUGGCGUUAUCUCAUCGGAGUCAUCAAAGAACAAUGUAAAAUUCUACAAGCUGCCGAAAAGGACAAGUUCUUGGAUGACUACGACCAAAAAGCAUUUGGACUUCGAGCUGUGCUGGAAGAAGCAGGUAAUGAUCCCAAUGAUUGUGCCAGCCUCACUUCUGCACGAAUUGAUAUCCUCGAAUUCAAGGGGGGUGAACAGUCCCUUGAAAAGGCCAUGGAGCUUGCCAAUGGAUUGGCCACACAAUACGACCCCAUCCGUAAGAAAUACUGGAACUUGAGAGUCAACGAAAUGAAGCAAGUGUUGGCCAAGUAGGAAGAAAUACUUGAGUUGAGGUAACUACGAUUCGGGAAGCAGGGUUGAAUGAAGAAUCACACCAGGAUGUCCCUACACCGGACCGAUCGUGACAGCUUUGGAUCGUUAAGUUGCAUAGCAUCAUUUAUUUCU